GUUCAUACGUGCGCCGUUGACUCGAGCGACCAGACCUCCCGUGUAACUGUGAUGCUAAUGGCAGCCUUUCAUUGACAAAACGGUAACUUAAGUUAGCUACAGGCGAACGACACCGUUAGCAAUUUACCGAAUACUGACGAGUUAGCAAGCUGGCUGUGGUAUGUUAUCGUUAAAAAAGUCUUAAUAACGUGGUGCAAUGUAACAGAUACUGUCAUAGGCGAUCAAUUGUUUACUGAAAUGUGAGUAGUUUACGGUCAAUAUCGCCUGUUUUUACACAAUGCUCCCGCAUUAAAGCUUUCUAAUUCUAACGUUAGCUGUGAUAAAUGUGGUUAUUUGCCCCAGACACCGCAGUCAGUUCUUCUUGCCACAUCAAAGCCAUCUAUUAACAACUCUUGUAACAUAUGAUCAAACGCCCGGUAGUGUCUCACCUAACGUCACGUGGUGGAAGGGCUUCCGGUCACUUUAUCCCAGGGUUCAUUUCCUGAUGGCAAAGAAAGAAUGCAUAACACAGCUGAGCACAACAGGGGCCACUUCGACACUCCGCAACAGGAAAACGUUCCCCACGUCGGUAAAGGUCCCCCGGGCCCCGCCGAAGGACAGAAGCGGCCCACCUGCUGCACACCUGCCGGAAGGUGACCCCCGCUCGGUGGACGGGGCCUCCGCUCGGCCUCCGGCUGGAGGAGACGCCAGCAAGGGUCCCUCAGGUCUGCUGAUGUUGGUGGUGGUGCUGUCGUUCUCCACGCGCCUCUACAAGAUAACGGAGCCCCCUCAUGUGUGCUGGGAUGAGACGCACUUUGGAAAGAUGGGAAGCUACUACAUCAACAGGACCUUCUUCUUCGACGUCCACCCUCCCCUGGGAAAGAUGCUGAUCGGUCUCGCCGGCUACGUGACGGGUUACGACGGCACCUUUCCUUUCAUGAAGCCGGGAGAUAAAUAUGAACACCACGACUACUGGGGGAUGAGAGGAUUUUGUGCCGUGUUGGGCUCCUUUCUGCCAAUCUUUGCCUACCUCAUAGUGCGGGAGUUAUCUCAGUCGCACACUGCCGCUCUCAUCACUGCCACCCUGCUCAUAUUUGACACGGGCUGCAUCACCAUUUCCCAGUACAUCCUGUUAGACCCCAUACUCUUGUUCUUCAUCAUGGCAGCCGUGCUGAGCAUGGUCAAGUUCGACCAGCAGAGAUACAGGCCUUUUUCUUGGUACUGGUGGCUGUGGCUGCUCCUGACUGGCGCGAGCCUCGCCGGGGCCCUGGGGGUGAAGUUUGUGGGUCUGUUUGUCAUCCUGCUGGUGGGACUGCACACUGUCUGGGACCUCUGGGAACUUUUGGGGGACCUGAGCCUCUCACUGGUGGACAUCGCGAAGCACUUCCUGGCUCGCGUUGCCGGACUCAUCCUGCUGCCGCUCUUCCUCUAUGUUACGACCUUUGCCAUCCACUUUGCCGUGUUGAACAAAAGUGGGCCGGGCGACGGCUUCUUCAGUUCAGCCUUUCAGUCCCGUCUGGUUGGGAACAAUCUAUACAAUGCCUCCAUGCCGGAGUACCUGGCGUACGGCUCCACCAUCACAGUGAAAAACCUCCGUAUCGCCGGAGGCUAUUUACACUCUCAUUGGCACUUGUACCCAGAGGGGGUGGGAGCCAGGCAGCAGCAGGUGACGGCAUAUCUUCAUAAGGACUACAACAACCUGUGGCUGGUUCAAAGAAAGGACGAUAAUGACUCUCGUUCUGGGACGCCUGAUCUUGUUCGUCACGGCGACGUCAUUCGACUGGAGCACAAAGAAACAACCCGUAACCUUCACGGUCAUCUCCACGCGGCCCCUCUGACUAAGAAGCACUUCCAGGUCACAGGCUACGGCGUUAACGGCACAGGGGACACCAAUGACCUGUGGCAGGUGGAGGUGUGCGGAGGCCAGAAGGGAGACCCGGUGAAGGUGCUGCGUAGCAAAGUCCGCUUUCUGCACCGAGCUACCGGCUGUGUGCUCUACUCGUCUGGAAAGACUCUCCCAAAGUGGGGCUGGGAGCAGGUGGAGGUGACCUGUAGUCCCUACCUGAAGGAGACUCCGAGCUCUCAGUGGAACAUCGAAGAUCACAUCAACCCCAAAUGGCAACAGUGGCCUGAAACCCAAAGACAACGAGAUGAACUCCAAACCCUGGCAUUGGCCCAUCAACUAUCAGGGUUUGAGGUUUUCCGGCGUGAACGACACAGAGUACCGCGUUUACCUGCUGGGGAACCCGGUGAGUCGGCCCGAAGCUUCCUUCGUGUUUCCCGUCGUCGCUCUUCUCUGCUCUUAAAAUAUGCCGUGUUCUUUCCAGGUGGUCUGGUGGGUGAACCUGGCCGGUUUGGGGUUGUAUCCCAUCAUGGUGGCAGUGGCGUCCGUAGCCCUCCAGAGAGGUUUCUCAUUGGGCCAAAAGAGAAGAGAGCACGCUGCCGUGCUUCAGGGAAAAGGAGGGCUGCUGCUCCUCGGUUGGCUGCUGCACUACGCCCCUUUCUACUCGAUGGGCCGUGUCCUCUACUACCACCACUACUUCCCUGCAAUGCUCUUCAGCAGCAUGCUAACAGGAAUCACAUUCGACGUUCUGUUGAAAAGCACCGACCUGCUUCUCCGCCCACCUUAUUCCGAUUGGCUGCAGAGACUUGGGCAGGUGGCGCUUCUGCUCAGUGUGCUCUACAGUUUCUACCUGUUCCAUCCUCUCUCCUACGGCAUGACGGGUCCUCUGGCACACGAGCCGGGCAGCGCCAUGGCUGGCCUCAAGUGGAUGGACUCCUGGGAGUUCUAGUCGGCUCUGCACGAAGAAGACGCCAGUGUUCUUACGAAUUUGAGGGGCUUUAAUCAACCACGUGACUCCCAUUCUGACGGUUUUACAGUGUUUACAUGAGAAGAUAAACGGUACUGACUGUGUGGUACUAUAAUGUGUAAAGUGCUUCAUGAAACAGACCUGAAUUAAUGUAAUACGGAACCAGAGUGUUGUUGAGUAGUCGAGAGUGAAGUUCAGAACACUUCAUCACCGAGCUGCCUUAACUUCCAACACAUGGGAGACUUGUGUGUGGGUAUGUGUGCAUGCUGUGUGUCACAGUGAUAUAAGCUAAACCAAGCGAUGAAAGAAAUCUGAAAGGGUGCAUCCCUGUGUAUGUCUGUUUUAAAGAAAGCACUUUGUUACGUAGUUGUAGGCUUUCAGAGACUGUAUUUUCAUCUGAGGUUGUGUUUGUCUUUGUCCCGAUAUUUUUUAUAUUGUACUGUUUUUACAUCAUAAGAUUACUCUGUAUCAUGAGCAUCAUUAAAGUGGGAUAUUCUUGUA